AUGGCCCUAGAUCAUGACGAGCCAUGGGGCCUGCGGUGGCGAUCAUCUCCAUACUUCAUUGUCACAGCCCUCGCGGUGGCCUUGCUCACAGAUGAAUAUCUAUAUGGAUUCCUCGUUCCCAUCCUCCCUUUUAUCGUGGAGACUCGUUUGGGCAUUGACGCGUCGCUCACCCAGCGGAUUAGCCUGGCGUUGCUGUCCGAGAGUGCGCUUGUCAGUGUGAUCGCAAGUCCAAUCAUUGGACACUAUGCCGAUCGCUCGCCUGCAAAACGGGCUUGGCUCUUGUCUGGACUGGUGAUUGCCUUAUUGGGCUCGUUGAUUCUUGCCUUGGCCAAUUCAUUAAUUAUUCUCUUCGCCGGGCGUUUGAUGCAAGCCCUUGGGAGCGCCUGUGUUUGGGUGAUCGGGUUCGCAACUAUUGCCGAUCAGGUGCCCGCAGAAGACCUGGGUAAAGUCUAUGGCUUCGUGGCGAUUGCAAUUUCCGCUGGCACGUCCGGGGGUCCGCUUGUCGCGGGUAUCCUGUUUGACAUGGGAGGCUAUUGGAUUGCCUGGUCUAGUGUCCUCGUGGUUAUUGUGUUUGAUAUUGUUCUCCGGGGGUUGAUGCUAGAGAAUACGCAGCCUGGCCCAGCUCCAUCCAAGGUCGCCAACGAUACCGAGAGAGAUGCUCUCAUUCCUCCACCGACAAGCUUGGAGAAUCAGCAAGAUGGACAUCCGGACGAGAUGACCGGAAUCGCAAUGUAUCUCUCUUUGUUUCGCAACGGUCGCUUCCUCGGGGGAGUGGUCAGCUAUUUCUGCUUCGCGGUUCUCACUGCCAGUUUUGAUACGACUCUCCCACUUCAUGUGCGUGACACGUUUCACUGGAACAGCCUCCCCGCAGGUCUAUUGUUUGCCGCUUUUCAAGGUCCUGCCAUCUUCCUUGCGGUUCCUGUCGGCUGGCUGAAAGAUCAGGUGGGCACGCGACACCCAACCACCAAUGGGUUUCUUCUUCUUGCUCCUCUCUUGUGGGUGAUUGGCAUCCCUGGCGAUGCACGAUUCCCAUGGGCCACGCACGGCGACCUUGGCCAGAUCAUAUACAGCGUUGCGGUCACCUGUACCGGGGUUGUCAUCUGUCUGUUGAACGGGGUCGGGAUGAUUGAAGCCACUCAGGCGGUUGAUGAGAUGCAAGACGCGAAUCCGGGGAUUUUCGGGCGCCAUGGAGGAUAUUCCCGAGCGAUCUCGGUGGUCAGCGUGAGCUGGACUCUGGGGAUGUUCUUCGGUCCCAUUCUGUCGGGGUAUGCCACGGAGCAAAUCGGAUACUAUGCAAUGAACUGUUGGUUAGGUUAG